AACUGUGGGGCAAAAGUGCAAAAUUUGGUACUUAAGCUAAAUAGUAAAUACCCCCUCCUCCCUUCGAGAUUGGAUCCUGAUAAAGGGGCGGAGCUGAAUUUAAAUUAAACGUUUAUACGGAGGACUACCUUGUUUCCGAAGAAAUCGAAGCAUCUGCGGGAUGGAAAGGCUGCAACGGAUGUUUGCGGGAGCCGGAGGUGCCUUAGGUCACCCGCCGCCGGAUUCUCCUACUCUCGAUUCGUCGGAGCAAGUCUACAUAUCAUCCCUCGCUCUUCUUAAGAUGCUCAAACAUGGGAGAGCUGGCGUUCCUAUGGAAGUUAUGGGAUUAAUGUUAGGUGAAUUUGUGGAUGAGUACACUGUCCGGGUGGUCGAUGUGUUUGCUAUGCCACAGAGUGGGACUGGAGUGAGUGUCGAAGCCGUUGACCACGUCUUCCAGACCAAUAUGCUUGAUAUGCUCAAGCAAACUGGCAGGCCAGAGAUGGUUGUCGGUUGGUAUCAUUCACAUCCUGGUUUCGGUUGUUGGCUUUCGGGUGUGGACAUUAAUACUCAGCAGAGUUUUGAAGCACUGAAUCAAAGAGCAGUUGCUGUGGUGGUGGAUCCCAUACAGAGUGUGAAAGGGAAGGUGGUGAUUGAUGCUUUCCGGUUAAUAAAUCCCCAAACAAUGAUGCUCGGACAAGAGCCACGUCAAACGACAUCUAACUUAGGACAUCUAAACAAACCCUCUAUCCAAGCCUUGAUCCAUGGUCUUAACCGGCACUACUACUCCAUAGCAAUCAAUUACAGAAAGAAUGAACUUGAAGAGAAGAUGCUUCUGAAUCUUCACAAGAAGAAAUGGACAGAUGGGUUGACCCUCCAGCGAUUUGAUGCCCACUCCAAAACCAAUGAGGAAACAGUCCAGGAAAUGCUAAAUCUAGCAGUCAAAUAUAAUAAAGCAGUGCAGGAAGAGGACGAGUUACCACCUGAGAAGUUGGCCAUUGCAAAUGUAGGAAGGCAAGACGCCAAGAAGCAUCUAGAAGAGCACGUCUCGAACUUGAUGUCUUCGAAUAUUGUUCAGACGCUGGGAACCAUGCUCGACACUGUUGUCUUUUGAAGUUCUAAGCUAUAAAACUCUGCACUGUUAUCUUUUCAGAUUGUGAAACCCAAAAGUUUGCCUUCUCAUGUUAUCGUGACAUUCAAGUAAUCCAAGAGAGAAUUUGUACUACUAUUGUUACUACUUUUAGGGUAUGUUUGGUUUGGGGUAAUCUCACAUGAAGGCCGGAAUGUGAUGCACGGAAUGUCAGAUGGUCGGAUACCCAUGUUUGGUUCACGGGUUUGAGAAAAAUCGGAAAAGUUACAUUCCCGGGAAUGUAAUAUGGAAGGGAAUCUUAUAAUCCCUCAUGUCUUAGGUUAUCUUACAUUCCCGAUGAUGGUCUAAUUUUCUUCCAAAAAUACCCUCAAUUAAUUAUCUCUUUUCAUUUAAUUUCUUUAUAUAAUGCGAUUUAUAAAACUUUUAAUGUAGUUUCUAAAUAUGUAAAUUAUACUAUUGUAUUUACUAAAAAAUAAUCUUAUUAUUGAAAGAGAUUAAUUUAUUUUAUGGUCAGUCGAUCGUAGAUUGUGUGGCAACCAUUUAAGUAGGACAGAUGGAGUAUGUUUAUUUAAUUAUAUUCGAAUGUCUAUUCUUGUUAUUUUCA